CCAACGUAACGAGCACUUCAAGGAAUCAAGUUCAUCACCACUCAAGCUCUCGCUCCCAUCCUCAACACAUUUCCAAUCGCAUCAACAACCAUGUCUUUCCCAAAUCGCAUCACAAAAGACACCUCAGCGCGCAAGGGCCCGGCGCCUCUAGCGCCUCACGACGCCGCACUGCAAGCGUACAUGCAGACCUUCGUCAACUCCAUCCACGACAAUACUGCUCUUGCGACGCACGCUCGCCACUCGGAGCACCUGCACGAUUCCCAAGCUUUGAAGGUCUGCUUCAUCGAAUCGUACAACGACGCUGUGAGGAAGCUCAACAAGAAGUUUGCGGAUGACUUGACCACGCUAAACGCGGAGCGUGACAAGAAAGUUGCGGAGCUGAGGAGAGAGUUCGCGAGUGAUCCGUUGGCUACGAUUGUGAAGCAGCAGAAUGUUGCUGCUGGAAGGAACGAGCAAAGUGCGACUGGACGAAACGAGCAAAGCCAUCCGCGGGUGGAGCAGGCGGCGAAGGUUGCUGCUGGAGAGCCUCUUGCUGCGUCGAUCAAGCAGGAACCUGUGGAAGAUCCAACACAGGCUGCGCCAACGCCCACCGUCCUUGAAGGUGUUUCUACUGUGACACCAGCCACGGAGACAGCAAAUGCCUCGAGCACUAUCCAAUCGGCUGGAGUCUCGAGCGGAGCCGAAAGCGUCAGCGCGAAUGCAAUUACUACCUCAGAAGCUCAACAGCAAAGUGGUGGUUGUGCAGAGGUCGGAAUUGCAGGCAGUUCAGGAACCGAAGGAGGACAAGAUUGCGAAGACCUGGUCAAAGUGAAGAGUGAAGUCAUUCAAACUGGGCUUGAGAGCCGUGACGUGAGGGCAGACAGCGUGAUUGCAGCAAGCGAUGACCAGCUGCAACAUACUGCACCACUCGACGAUUGCCCUGGUACAGACGACUCCACUGACAGACCUGCUUCGAAUGUGUAUGUGGACCUGACGACCGCCUGAGUCAGGGAUUUCAAGAGCCGUGACGCAAUGAGUAUCACGCCAACAAGCGCGAUUGGAGUAUGCGGAGGCGUGGAUGAAGUUGGUCGAUGGCAUUUCCAGAACCAACAUACGAUCGACAUAUCGAUGCUCUGCUGCUGAGAGCCGAGCAGACGGAAACUGGAAGAGACGUCUCGUCAGUAGCAUCAGGCUCUUGGUUCUUGGAGAAGAUAUUUGCAUUCAUCAAAUGGUUCUUUGAUUCCAGGGGCGUUCUUGUUUCUCGGAUCUCUUCUCAGAGCGGCGUUGUCUUUCUUUCCCUAGAGCAUGUCAUCACACGUACUUGGGAUAGUACAAAGAGGACAACGUUGCAAAAGUCUCUAGAGGACGAUUAGUGAACUGCAAGCAUUGU